GCCUAAUUUUAUAGUAUAAACUCUAUAUUUUUCGAAGUACGCACACAGAAGAUCAUUUCUAGCCAAGAGCCAUUGCUUGUCCGCUUGUUAAAGCGUAUUUUGAAAGUACUUGGUCAUGGACUCUGUGGAGACAAGAUAUGCCCAUUUACUGCAACCCUUGCGGGACCUCACCAAGAACUGGGACAUAGACUUGGCCAGCCAGCUUGGAGAAUAUCUCGAGGAGCUGGACCAGAUGACUAUUUCAUUUGAUGGUGGAAAGACCAUGAUGAACUUUGCAGAGGCUGCACUUUUGAUUCAAGGAUCAACAUGCAUCUAUGGCAGAAAGGUGGAGCUCCUUCACACUCUGGUGUUCCAAACAUUGGACUACAUCUCUAAUAAAAACAAAAAACGUGAUAAACAAGGUUCUUCAUCAGAUGGAAACCAAGAACAAGCUCCUUCGGGAAGCGAAGGCGAUGGUUGUGAGUUUGAUGAGAUUGAGCAGGAUGAGAAUGUCAACACUCACAAUAUUACAAUGAAAGAUCCAACAGAGCCAGUGAGAAUUAUCCGUCUUCCUCCUGAAUCUCUCAUUCCUGCUGAAUCACACGAGAAGCAAAAAUACCCCCUUCUAAGUCUUAAAGGGGAGCUUCUUGGCAGCUGUAAGGAUUUCCGCAUUAAUACUUUCACCAUGGAUGAAGCAGGAUUGAUGCGUCUGGGCUCCAACACUCACUUCCUUAAAGGUGUUGCAGAAGUCCAACGCGACUUCUCUGUUCAUUUACCUGAACCCCUUCAGAUCGAAGGUGAAGCAGCUGCGGCUAAUGGUGGAUAUGAUGAAGAAGUUGAUGGUGGGGCAGAGGUUCUUCCUCCACUAGAGGAUCAUGGGAUGGAGGUGGAGUCUGAUGAGUGGGUGGAAAGGCACGAGGCCCCCAGUGAAGGGAGGAUGUUGAGACCCAGACCUGCAGUACAGCCAGUCUCAGAGGAACCCAAGCAGCUUAAGGAAACAGUAGAUCCAUGGAAGUUGCAUGACCCAUACGCUACAUUUGGGGAGGACAAGCCUCUCAAAGCAGGAAAGUGCUAUAAAGUGCCAGCAGGCCUUGAUGAGUCUGGGAAGAGGAAAAGAAAGGGGCCUUCAAAACUGCAGGACUUUGGGACCUGGUUCAAUAAAGCCUUUGAGACUGCAGAUCGCAAGCUCAAGAAUGGACCUACUUUUCCUGACCUUAAUUACAUAUUUGUGAGCAAAAUGGAUCAGCGUUUGAAAGUACAAAGGCAGAUGCUCAGGAAAAGGGGUGUUUUUGUCUCUGAUGAAGAGUUAAAGAAAACUUACUUGGAGCCAGAGAAUGUGGAGGACCAGGUCGAGGUGAUCCGGCAUCCAGACGCAGAUGGAGACGACUAUUCAGAUGAGGAACAUGAUAACUUAGCUGAUGAUCUUGAACCUGCGGAGCACCUCGAUGACCAGGAGCAGAUUUUCCAGGACUUGCACAUGAGCCGAAUGAGUUAUGAAGAUCUGGUUAAGAAGAGUGUGGAUCUGUUUCUGGUGAACUCUCAGAAGUAUGCUCAAGAGACGGCGCUGUCUCGAAGAGUCAAGGACUGGGAGGACAGCAUUAACCCUCAUCUUGCUGCUCAGGAGAUUAGUCCAGCUUUUGACAUCCAUGAGUAUGGAGACAGAAUUGUCCACGCGCUCUCUAAUGUUGGGGUGAAAAAAUCAUUUGCUUUUGUCGUGAGAGGAAAGGAGAACACCGAAGCCUGCAGAUACAUGCUGGCAGCUCUUCAGCUGGCCAACGAUUAUACAGUGGAGGUUGACAAAGUGGACGGUCUUGACUGCAGCGUGGACACAAUGGAGCUCACUUUAUUGACUACUCAGAGGGCUCACGAACGUCUCAAAACCUACAACGCAACCGCUGCUACAGAUAUUCCCUGAGCUUUUACUUGUUGUGCUUAUCAUGUCUUACCUUUGGAACAGAAGCUAUUUAUCAUAUAUUUACAGAUAAAAAGGCUUUGUGAUUCUCUAUCCUACAGCUUUUAGGUCAUUCAGACUCAUGUUCUGAUUUCCAGCUUUGCACUUGCUUUUGAAUUUGAUGUUUUAACUUGCUGGAUUGAAUGCUGAAAUGAAGAAAUGACAGGUGUCUUCAUACAUUUUAAUAUCCAAACAUCAAAUUUCAUGAGGAAAGUCUGUUAAAUUGUUAAAACGGUCUGUUUCUAUUCACUUUCUGAGAUGUUCAAAUUUCAACCUAUUUACAUUCAGUAAACUGCAUGUCUGUACAGUCUCCUAAGCCUUUUUUAUCAAUUGUAGAAGAUUCACACGUUAAAUAAAAGAAAAACUGAAAGUGCUGCACAAAAA